UUGCAAGAUAGAUUGCUAUAAGCAGCCUUGGGCCUAACCCAAGUGGACUUAAUCCAAGCAUUAUGGCCUCGGGUUUUUUUCUUCUCUUCUUCCUUGUAUCAUUCUGUUCUCUUUCUUCAUCUUCUUUUGCAAUAACUGAUGUUGAGGCUGCUUCCAUUGCUCGUCGCCAGCUUUUGGGUGACAAAGGCGAGUAUGAUAUGACCAUUAACAUGGCAUUCGCGAAUUCCAGGUUGAAAAAAGCUUAUGUUGCUCUUCAGGCAUGGAAGAAAGCUAUUUACUCCGACCCAACAAACUUCACGGCUAACUGGGAAGGUCCUAAUGUUUGUGCCUAUAAUGGUGUCUUUUGUGACAAUGCUCUCGACAAUCCCAAUAUCUCUGUUGUUGCUGGCAUUGAUCUUAACCAUGCAGACAUAGCUGGACACCUCCCUGUCGAGCUUGGCCUUUUAUCUGAUGUUAGUCUUAUCCACAUUAACUCUAAUCGGUUUUGUGGAAUCAUUCCUAAGAGCAUUAAAAAUCUUACGCUUUUAGAUGAGAUUGAUUUCAGCAACAAUCGUUUUGUGGGGCCAUUCCCAGAAGUUGUGCUGGAAUUGCCUAAGCUUAAAUAUCUUGAUCUUAGGUACAACAAUUUUGAAGGUUCAGUGCCUUCUGCACUAUUUGAGAAGAAUCUUGAUGCCAUAUUUCUUAACAAUAACCGAUUCCAUUCUACCAUCCCUGAAAAUUUGGGUAAUUCUAAUGCUUCAGUGGUGGUAUUGGCGAAUAACAAAUUCUUUGGUUGCAUUCCAAGCAGCAUUGGCAAAAUGAGUAGCACAAUAGAUGAGCUUGUUUUCACAAACAAUGAUCUCUCUGGUUGUUUACCUGAAGAAAUUACCAAGCUGACGAGCCUAACGACGUUCGACAUUAGCGGAAACAAGUUCGUUGGAUCCUUACCAAAGGAUUUGAAGUACAUGCAGCAAGUUGAAGUCUUUGACAUUGCAUCCAACAAGUUCAUGGGAAAUGUUCCAGAAAACCUUUGUACCUUGCCCAACUUGGCCAAUUUGACAUUCUCCAACAACUAUUUUGAGAGCUUGGACCAAAAAUGUACGCCGUCGCGCUCCCAUGAUCUUGAAAUUGAAGGCAAAGAAAAUUGUUUGCAGGAACAACCAGAUCAAAAGACAGAGAAGGAAUGUUUACCAGUUUUGAGCAACCCUGUUGAUUGUAGUAAAGGUCAUUGUGGAUUUUCUCCACAAGGGCAGAGUCCAAAGGAUCCACCUAAAGAAAACACCCCUUCAACCCCCAAAAAGUCUCCACCAAAACCUACGAGUCCAAAACCAAAGCCACCUCAUGUAUCUACUCCAACCCUAUCGCCACCACCGACUCCCAGAUCACCUCCACCAAAAACCACCAUUCCACCCCCGGUCACAUCUCCACCACCGCCAGUUGCCUCACCUCCCCCACCACCAAAUUAUUUACCCCCAUCCCCACCUCCAGUUGCCUCACCUCCCCCACCACCAAAUACUUUACCACCACCAUCACCGCCACCACCUCUAGUCCAAUCUCCACCACCACCGGUGGCAUCACCUCCACCUCCAGUCCACUCACCACCACCACCACUGGCUUCACCUCCAUCCCCAGUGGCUUCACCACCACCUCCAGCUCGAUCUCCACCACCACCAGUGGCCUCACCUCCACCUCCCGUCCACUCACCACCGCCUCCAGUGGCGUCACCUCCACCUCCCGUCCACUCACCACCACCACCAACAAUGGCUUCACCUCCACCUCCCGUUCACUCACCACCGCCACCAGUGGCCUCACCUCCACCUCCACCUCCCGUUCACUCACCACCGCCUCCGGUAGCGUCACCUCCACCUCCCGUUCACUCACCACCGCCUCCGGUAGCGUCACCUCCACCGCCACUUAUCCACUCACCACCCCCACCUGUAGCCUUACCUCCACCUCCACCCACUUUUGAGGAUGUUGCUCUUCCUCCAUCAUUGGGCUCGCUAUACGCAUCACCACCGCCACCAAUUUUCCAAGGUUAUUAAGGGGUUCCACCAUUCUUAUUUUCAGUGGCACGAUAACUAGUUCGAAGAAUGUGUACAAAUCGAUCUGUGUAACAUAUAUAAUCGUUGAAAAGUUGGUUUACAUUGUCAAUUUUAACGAUUCAUUGAGCUUUGUCAUUGCACCCUAAUGGACUGUACACAGAAAGAUAUAGGAAAUUUUUUCUUGGAUGUGUUGAUUGAACAUAACAUUAUGCAAUUUCAACAUACUUUUGUCUACUUUUA